AGAUGAAUUAAGUAUUUGAAUCUUCUUCGGUUUCAGUUUUAAAAAAUAGAGUUAUCAAAUGGCUACUGAAAAUGAUGAAAGUUAUGUGAACAAAGCAGAAGGGUAUCUGCGUAGAAGUGAUGAAGCAUUUGCCAUCAAGGAUUACACCACGACAGUACUAAAAGCACGCCAAGCGCUUGUCGAAGUCCACAAUAACAUAAAUUCUGUAACGUCAGACAUAUUUCGUGAAGCAUUGAGACUUAUUACUGAAGUAUUAAAAGUGGUAUGGUCUGAUAAAGAUAGGCCUGAAACUGAAAAAGACCUGCGAGGCAUUUUGGAUCACGCCAUUUAUGCCCUGAACACAGUUGAAUACAUGCAUGACGAAGAAACGAAGUCCCAACUACUGACAGAAGGGAACGAAUUACAGAUGCUAAUUGGUAAUCUAGACAAAAUCUGGAAAGAGGAACUCGAGGUAAUGAAAGAAUUCAAAAUCGCCUAUGAUAAGGAUGGAACGAAACUGGAAACUAGCAAAGAAGCCGAAUUUCUGCAUAAACUGGGGAACACCAUUUUGCAGAGAUCGACAGAAAAGCAGAGUCUUCUACAAGGAUGUGCAUUGCUCAAAACCGCCUUGAUUCGAAAGGGAUCAAAUUCGUAUAAUAUACUGAAAGACAUGAGACGACUUAGCAAACUUCUUCUGGAAUCAGCAAGAGCAAAAUCACGUCUAACCGAUUUUCACGAAAUAUCGCAGAGAAUCUACAAAGAUAACGUCAAAAAAGUAAGAAAAAAAACUGAAAAAUCGCUGCAAAAAAUAAAGCAAUUUCAUGGAACCGGAGUCGAAUCCGGGUCAUAUGACUAUCUCGAAGAUAUUGAUAAUAUCAAAAAUAUAAUGACUGAUAUUGCGGACGGGUAUUCUGAAAUCAUGCACGCUGUAUCGAGCAAAUGCAUAGAGAUUUUGGGAGAACCCCCAUGUAAGUUCAGUCAUGUUGCGAUUGGACCAUUAGCUACGAAAGAAAUCACCACAUAUUCAAAGGUAGAAACAUUGAUAUUAUUGGACAAUGAUGCUAAAAAGCAAGAAAACUUUGAGCAAGUUCUGGAGUAUUUUCGAUGGUAUUACUUAUUUUUUCAAGUUAUUGUGAUAUAUUUUGGAGAAUCUCCCAUAGAUGAGUUCGGAAUAGCUUCAUUAAACGACCAUUCCUUUCAUGACUGCAGAAAAAAUUGGUACAAAGACAAUUUUACACCCCGUGGCCUGCGAUGUGAAAGUAUGAAAGAAGCUGGGAAUGCGCCAAUCAAGACUGUAAAAGAUACAAUGAAACUCAUUUCUACGCCUGUUAAAAUUGCUGAUUCCAGAUUUAUGUUAAAAUUGGCUACAACUUAUUGCAUCGGUGGAAGUGAAGGAAUACAUAGAAAAUUUGACAAACGUGUGAGAAAACUUUUGUUCUCGGAUUCUGAAGAAUCGGGUCGUAUGAAAGAAGUAAUUCUUUAUCAAAUGAAGGAAAGUAUUUACGAUUUCCAAGUUGGAAACUUGGUACUAGAGAAUGAAUGUUCAACCAAAACAAUUAACAUCGACACAAUUUACCAUUCCUUGAAUAUGUUUCUGAAUGGUAUAGGACAUUUUGCAAACUUUACAUCCAACUGCGUUUUUGACAUAGCUGAAACUCUUCUUAACGAUCAGUUGCUGAGUGCGACUGACGCCGAAAGCAUAAAAAGUGCUAUUACCUUUACUUAUGUCGUUUGGUUACGUGUUGGUGCUUCUAAAAACGAUAAAGAUUCACAACAUCAAAAUUGGAUCAGGCCCCUUGCAAAUUUCAUUGAAAUGGUGGGCGAAGAAAAUUUCGUUAAUCUGUUCCAAGUAAUAUCUGAUUUGCAAAAUUGCAUUGAGGAAAUUAUUGAUUCAUGUGGCAGGUUAGACUCCCUAAAAAGCUAUGGUAAAAAAACAGACGACAUGGAAGUCAAAGCAAAAAUUUUUACUCAUUUCGGGAUGUUUGAAAAAGCUUUAGAAUGUAUGAAAUCACAUGAUCAAAAGAAUCAUGUCGCAUCUAACAACGCGUCAAUACAUUUCCUGAAAGGCAUAUGUCAACUAAAAUUAGAACGAUUCGAUGAUGCUAAUGAGAACUUUAACGUCUGUUUGGGAAUUAUUUUAAGUUUACCUGAAGUGGAUCAACCUAAAAUCAUUCGGUUUCUUCAUUAUCGUAUCGGAAAACAUAUGCUUGCAAACCGUCAGUUAUCAGAAGCUAAAAAUCAUCUUUAUCAGGCCAAAGCGGCCAUAGAGUCGAGAGACGAAAGUGCAUGUACUUUAGGACGGUUGCACAUGAGAAUAAUUUUAGCUUUAUCGGAAGUGCAUUAUUUGACCGAAGAAUAUCAACUUUGCUUGGAAUACUGUGAAAAAUAUUUGAUCAAUGAAUCAAGUACUAACAAAAACAAAAUUAUCUUUGAGAUGGAACAGAGAUACGGCGAAUGUUUGUAUAAUUUAGGUCAUUACCGUGACUGUGUAUCGGCAUUGCAAAACGCGUUGCAACUUCAGGAUUACGAUAAUAAGGACGAAUCAAAGCAGCAACAUUCUUCCAGUACUAUAUCAAUACUGUUAAAACUUCGAGACUGCUUCACCAAACUUAACCAGCCAAGCCUUGCUGAAAAAUAUUGCAUGGAAGCGCUUGAAGCUAUAAAUGUAUCAGAUAAUCAAGAAGAAUAUGAUAUUCCCCACUUGAAAAUCAUUCUAUCACAAUGUCGUUUAAAACAGAAUAAGUAUCAACAGGCAGCAGAGGGAGCUUGUGAGGCGUUUCUCGUGGCGUUCGAUACGGAUCACCAUGGCAUAGACAGGAUGGCGAUUGCACAAUCUGUGGUAAAAAUCAUGUUGAGAUGCUUGCGACCUGUCCUUUCUUCCAGUAUGAUUGACACUGACGUUGAUUCGUAUGGUGACAAUCAACUACGAAUUGCUUUCGAAUGUGCGUCAAAGGUUUAUAAUAAAAUGUGCAGCCAAACGAUAUUAAAAAACAACGAACUGGAGCGGGACAAAUCUAUUCUGAUACGGGCUAUUCAGCAAGGACUUUAUGAGCUGAACGGAUAUGAAUGUGUAUUGGAUUUUGGUAAAAUUUCAGAUUCUGCCACAACGGGAUUAAUCGGAGCUUCUAUUUUGAUUCACAAUUUGCUAGAUAUAAUUCUAUCUCAUGAUGCGAUAAUGGACCAUUGUGAACAAGAUUCCGAAUGUCUAUGUGAAAUGGCGCGGUUCUGUAAUGUUCGGGAUUCAUUCAGUCCUUUCGGGGCAAUCAUUGUUUUCACCGGAUGGGUUUCCGCACUGUACGAACAAUCCGGAAAUGGUGAAAAUAUGGUCAAUUUAAUGGACGAAAAUUUAUCUAGUCAACCCGAUGAACAGAUAAUAAUCAAAUUACAUUGUUUGAUUAAAGUAGCAAAAUUCCUGCUAGAUUCUCUCUCGGAUAAAGGGGAUUUUCCCAAACCCGCUAGUGAACAGUUUCCAAUAUUGGGAUUUGUGACAGAUAUUUUUGGCAUAAUCGUACGUCAGCCUUGUGACAGUAACAGCUUGUUGCACGAAACAGCAAAUCUCAUAAUUGCAGCGGCAUCAUGCUGGAUGAAACUCCAAGGAUAUGAAGCUGCUUUAGAACUCCUUAACGAAGCCCUUGCAAUGCAAGAAAAACUAGCCUCGUCAACAGCAGGCACGAUGUUUAUGGAAACUACAUCAGUAAUAGAAAACAUUGGGGUAUGCUUGGCAAAACUAGAUCGCUGGGAUGAAGCAAAAAAUUACAUUAGUCGUAACUCAAAGAUGAAGGAAAACAGAAGAAAAAGCAGAGUGUAUGAAGAUAAUUCCAUAUUGCACAUACGAGUAAAGUCCGCCCAAUGUAGUUUAAAUUUAGGAAACUGCCUUGAAGCAGCGGUUUUAGCGAGUGAAGCGUUUAAUGAAAGUUUGAUUAUGGAUGGGGAUGAAGUGAGAAAUGAAUCCAUGAUUUCUUCAGCUAAUAUAGUCAUGAAAGCUGCUCUUAUAGUGUCAGUACAUGACCAUGUAUCAUCCAAAGCAGGCAAUUUUUCUGAAGAAGUAAUUCGCAACGUUAACGAAUGUGCUACUACACUACGAACAACUUUGGAAGAUCAGGCUGACAAACUUGGAAGUUCGUUUGUGGAAAUGAUAGAAUCGUUAUACUAUGCUUCUGGAAACUGCCAUUAUGUGUUGAAUGAGCCGAAAACAGCUUUGAAAUGUUUUAAAAAAGCUUUGCGUAUCUUGAAGCGCAAAGGUCGUUUUGCUGGGAUCGAGAAAUCAAUAAAUCUAAACAUGGCAAAAUGCCUGAUGACCCUUCGAAAAUAUAAAAAAUCGGAAUCAAAACUGAAAAUAUUUCUGGAACCUGGUAAAGAUAAGACCGCUCACGCACAUCCUAGCUUGGCUCUCAUCCUGCUUGCUUUCUGCUCACUGAGGCGCUACAAAUUCAGACGCUGUGUAGAGUACGCUAUAGACGCACUUCGCAAAGUUAAUUCAACGGACUCUGUCGUUCUCCAGAAACAAAUCAAAAGAGCUGCUGCAAAAGUCCUACUAGAAGCCCUCUUGUGGGCGGUGAAUUCUUCACUUCUGGACUAAAACAUUGAAUACUAUCCCAAAGUUACCGGGAGGAAUAAUCUGUACACACUGUUUGAAGAAUGACUGAAUCGAAAUAUUUAAGUAUGAAAAAUGGAUUUGAAUUGUAUAUACCGUAAAUGCUCGUUUUAACGCCCGGUCUUGAUUAAGGGCCCGUUUGAAUAGCCGCCCGUGUGAACAGGACAUAAAAAUAAAUAAGGGCCGGUGCUUGAAUACCCCGCCUGGUGUAAAUUUUUU